CUCAAGAAAGGAGCUGAUGCAGCUCACAGUGACAACACCUCCUGCCUCAAGGACCUUGUCGCCACAUGGGUCAAUCAAGACUUUUGUCUGUCUCCUCUGAUCAGGCCUGAUGACAAGCACUUGCAUGGCUUUGCAAGCAACAUCUGUGGCAAGUUACUCUGCCCUGCCAAGUGGGACUGGGAUCAAGACUGUGUCAAGGCUGGCAUUCAUGACAAAAUAACAGAAUACAUUGUGUCAGAAAACUCUUGGCUGCUUUUUUUGUAUGAAAAGUACACAGUGAACUGCAACAGCCUUGAGGAAGGGCUUCUAAAAUCCAAACUUCUGGUUCUGGCUUUCAAAGCCAUUUUCAUGUCUCCUUCCUCUGUGAAAGAAGUUGAAGGUGAUGGUGACAGUGCUAACAUCAUUGAGAACAACAGGCGCACCCGGCGGAAAUCAGACCAGGCGAAGGUUAAGACAUGUGUCACCUCAAUCAUCAGUAUGAAGAAGGUUACACCUCGUUCUAUAGCUUAUGUUGCUUGUCAACAGGUUUGUUUUGCUCUAUCAAAUGUCACAUCUUGGCAGACCAUGGAUGGCGACUUCAACUACGAAGCAUUCUGGAACAACAUCAUAGACUUUUUUGAGAAUGUUCCUGGUCCUGUCACAAAACAUAGGGUUGAUAAGCUUUUAGAAUGGUGGACUAGGUAA